AGUGCUCAAUCCUGGGUCAAUGCAGUGCUGUGUUCAAUCCUUUGCUGUGAUGAAAUUGAUAUCUACGAAAACAACUUCAAGUUUGGAGUUAAAUAGUGUGCUUCGUUCAGACUAGUGUUAGCCAACAUUCUUUUAUUUUUAACUUUCUUAUCGUUUCUGUUCUCAUUUUUGUUUUGGUUAAAAAAUCGAAUUUCAAAAUAUGACAUUUUAUUUGAAAGAAGAAAGAAAUAUCUUGCCAGACCUACCGACAUUGGGAUUUAUCUUGGACGAAAGCCCCUACUGUAUACAAAAUUUGAACUUUUGGGAAGAACGAACAGAAGAGAUUGGAAGUGUCAUUAAUCAUGUUGCUAAUUGUGCCAAUAUUUACCGUACAACUGCAUUGGCCUUCAGUACUGCUAGUGAAAAUUUGACAUUGGGUAUGCAAAGGGUUGCCAAAGUUUUUUCAAAAGAUGACAAUUUAAAAACUCCUCUUAUAAAGUUCACUGACAUGUUACAAAGAGUGGAUUGUUAUCAUGGAAUGUUCCUCAAUCAAACAGAAAUGCUUCUGUGCAAUCAGCUUGAAACUUUGUCAAAGGAAUUCGAGAAAGUCAAGGAAAUGAAACAGCAAGUUGCAAAAGCUAGACAUGAUCUCACAAUAUCUUGGGAAAAGUUUUCAAACUGUCAAAAUAUCAACACACUCCCAGAGUCUUCAGUUUUGGACAAGCUUGCAUUUAACUUGUUCACUUCAAGACAUCAUUAUCACAUGUUGCUGUCAACUUAUAUCAACUCCUUGAGAGAAAUGAAUUCUGUCAAAAAGAUUUCUUUUGUGAAAACUAUGGUUGAACAUAUUUUGGCAAAGUAUUUCUUUAUAAACUUUUCUUAUCAGAUAUUCAAAGAAUCUGAGGAGUAUACAAAUGUCUUUUUUGACAACUUACUGAAUAGAGUUGUUCACAGUGAGAUUCAAUGCGAAAAUGAUGCAAGGCUAAAGAAACUCGUUCAGUUGAAAAUUGACAGAGCUUUGGAGAAAGAUAAAGGUGCUUUUCAUGAACCGGUCACUUUCCUAGGGUCAACAACUUUAGCGCAAUCUGUGACCACAGUAAACACUCAAGCAGGAAAAUUUUUCAACAGAAUUAACGGCUUACUUGGAAAUUCAGGUCUCCGUGAACCAUCUAUAAAAAGAGGUCAGAAUGUUACGCUGGAGGCGUCGCCUACAAGAGUAAACGGGGCUCAAGAGGAUCAAUUGGAAGACGUGCGAAAUGGAGAAAAAAAGGAACCAGAAGAUAUUAAAUCAAACACGUCAAACGAAAACAUUGAACAAAACCAAACUUCUACUGCCAAAACAGAAAAGGAAGAGAUUUCUACGUGGAGCGAAUUUAAAUCGGCUGAAACAGAAAAAUCUGUGAAUAAUGAAUGUAAAAGCAACAAACUUGCAAACAAUGAAUUACUCUUACAAAAUACACCAUCAAACACAGCAGAAAUCGACAACGAGCUGAAUGAAAAAUCUUUCACUGACAAUGUGGAAAAAGACCUUUCUGACAUUGUCCCAGUUUCAAAAUGGCCAAAUUAUCACCGUGGUUAUCUGAGAUUGCGACAAAGAUCAUUUCCUAAAAACAAAUGGCCUUUACUAUAUUUUAUCGUCGACGAAGCCUCAGGAAAGUUAUUGGUUCAAGGCAAAGAUGAAAAGGAGCCUAAUGAAUUUGCUAAUCUCUUACUAAGCAACGUAAAGACAUGUGACGAGCUAGAAAUUGAUCGAAAUUUUUGUUUCCAACUUACAUCACCUAAAAGCGAACAAAUCCUACAAGCCUUGACAGAAAACGACAUGCAUCAAUGGAUUGCUGCUAUCCAGGCAGCAACGACGGAAGCUUUUAAGAAAUCUAAGGAAAAACUUCAGUCGCUGCAACCAACUUAUGCUUAUGGUUAUGUUAAACCGGAGGAUGAUAAGCAGUAUGCCACAAACGCUUCUGAGCGAAUUAGAAAAGUCCAAGGAAAUAAAACAUGUGUUGAUUGUACACAUCCUCGUCCUGAUUGGGCAAGUAUAAACAUUGGUAUUGUCAUGUGUAUUGAAUGUUCGGGAGUUCAUCGUAGCUUGGGAGUUCAUAUUUCUAAAGUACGUUCGUUGACCUUAGAUAAAUGGGAAGAAAAAGUUGUCAAGUUCAUGGAGUCACGCGGUAAUACCUUGGUAAAUGAAAUUUAUGAAUAUAAUAUGGAUGGUUACAGGAAACCUUCUCGGGAUUCUAACAAGGAUGAGCGAAUUCAGUUUAUUCGUUUAAAGUAUGCAGAGAAAAAGUUUGUGAGGUCAGAGAAUGACAAUAGUGACACAAAAGUCGAACUUGACAAGAGUGAAGAGCUUUUGGAAAGUGAAAAUUGUUUAGAGGAGGGAAAUCUGUUAGAAGAUGGAAAUCUAGAGGAAUGUUCCAUUGUCAGUAGUGGAGACAGUGAAAACCAAUCAUUUUCGAAAUCACAGUUGCAAAUGAAUGAAGACAAUUAAACCAUAAAUUAACUUUAUAUAUAAGGUAAAAUAUAAUCCUGUAACGCAAUUAAUCAUUAUUUAAUUCAAAGAUACCGGAGCUUUUCAUCUUUACUUAAGAAUUGAUGUCAAAACAAAUUACGCCAACAUUCUUUAUUAAAAAACGGCGAAUUCAUUAGAAAAAUUAUGCCUUAUAAAUAAUUUAGCACAACAAUUGUUUUGGUAUAAAAAAAUUUAAUUCAGGAAUUCAGAAUUAAUAUUCAGGAAUUAAA